AUGGCCGCUGGGAACAUCUCGGCCUUACAGUUGAAGAAGGGAGUCAAAAGACAUGAACCUACAUUCCUGGCUACCCUCUAUAUUAAAGAUAUAGAACGCUCCUCGGGUCCCGUUCCUGCACCUGUAAAGGAGUUGCUACUGGAGUUUGAAGACGUCAUGCCACAGGACAUGCCAAAGCGACUCCCACCUAGGCGCACUGUGGACCGUGAGAUUGAGUUGGUGCCAGGAGAUGAACACAAGACGACAUGUGUGACAAGAUAUGUGUGGUACGACUUCCUGGUCAUGACAUUCGGCUUGCCUAAUGCUCCAACCACAUUUGGUACAUUGAUGAACCAAGUCUUCCGAGAGUACAUUGACGAGUUCAUAGUAGUCUACUUGGAUGACAUUGUGAUAUAUAGCAGGAAAUUGGAAGAACACAUGGAGAACCUGCGGAAGGUCCUAGCCUGA